AUGGACGACGUGUCCUCCUCGCCGACGUCCGGCAAGGCGAGAUCGUCUCUGUUCAGCAAUUCGAUCUUUCCCUCGCCCUCGGGUCGGCGUCUAUCUUCUUCGUCGCAGCAAGCAUCGUCGCCGUCCUCCGAGAUGUCUGCCUCAAGGAGCGCCGGCAAUCUGUUUCAACAGACAUCCAUGGCGCUUCAAUCAUUCGCCAUCGAGUCUGUGAUCGCUGCGUCGGCAGCGCCGCCCCGUCUGCCCGUCGCCCAGAACAAGGAGCCGCUUUCGCUGCCCACGACUACCAAGAACUUCCGUGGCUUCGUGCAGAAGUCCGGGCCGAUGUUCUGGUUCCAGGAUGGGGUCGAGGCGACGCUCAUGUGGCAGGACACCAGCUGGACGCUCAUGUGGAUGGCGAUCUGGGCCGUCAUCUCCAUCUACCCUUGGCUGCUCCUCCUCGCCCCUAGCACCAUCCUCUCGGUCAUCCUCAUCAUGACGCACAGAGCACGCUACCAGGACACGAUGACGCCCAACAUCGCGCGCAUGGAGGUGCCGCGCUCUCCAAAGACACGCGCGGCCGACGCAAAGACCCCGCCGGUGGGCUCGCCCGCCGAAGUGCUCGCAUAUGCCACCACCUUCCCCACCAGCACGGGCGAAGGCGUCGUCCAGCCUCCUCUCGUGCCCAACCCGCCGCACGAAGGUACCGUCAAGUACUACGAGAAUCUGAGGGACAUCCAGAACAUGAUGCGCAUGAUCAUCGAUGGCUACGACCUGCUGGCGCCCACGGUUCCCUAUCUCAACUGGUCGUCCUACACCCGCAGUCUGCACAUCCUACAGCUCUCGCUACUCACAACGGUGCUCAUGUUUUUCAUCGCGCCAUAUGUGCCGUAUCGAGCGGUGAUGUUCCUGGCGGGCGAAGGUGCGUUCAUCCUCAACCACCCCUGGACCAAGCCUGCGUUGGCGGGUCUAUUCACGCGCAUCGACACGUCCAGGGAAGGCCGGAAGAUCAUGAAGAUGGCCAAGGAAGGCGGACACAAGCUGCGCGAGUGGAUCGAGCAGGACCGCUUGGACGACUUUGUGUGGGAGCGCGGAUGGCGCAACGUCGAGGUGUUUGAAAACGAGCGAUACCUGCCCGACAAGCGCGCAGCCAGCUCGACUGGCGUCGUGGGCGGAUGGAGCGCACACAAUCUGCGCAUGGGCGAGCGCAUGCCCUGGACCAAAGGCCCCGAUGGCUGGACUUCGGACGAAGUAGAGGUCCUCCCCGGCCAUAGAAUCGACGUCAGGUGCGUACCUCCUCUCCCUCCUAUUUGCUUUCUGAUGUCGUUCCGUGCUGACCUCGUUUCGUACUCGCCUUCUCCCUCGUGUCGUGGGAAAAAUAGUAGGCAGGUGGCAAUGAAGCUCGAGCCUGGCUGGGAGUGGAUUCCGGGUGACGAAUGGCGCAUCGACUGGGGCGGAAGCUGGUCCGCCGUGGGCGUGGAUGAUCAGGGCUACGUCUACACCGAUUCGAGUUGGCAGAAACCUGCCAGCUACUCGUACGGCCACGGCGGCGGCGUCCCCGACUAUCCACCCUCGAUCUUUGACGUCGGCCAAGACACCGAGCUGGAUGCCAUCGACGACGAUGCCGAGUCGGACAUCCGAAGCACCCUGCCUCCGCUCAGCGCCGGCGUGGUCGAUCACGACCCCAAGAUGCGUGCUGAAACACGGCGCAGACGAUGGCUCAGACGCGCAGUCCGCACCGCCGCAUAA